CCAUACAUAUUACAGAACACUCCAUCACCAGCAAUGUCGGCCUCCUCCACCCAAAUGGACCCUGCGAUCUGGCGCGCCACCGCCGGCGCCGCUGUCCAUAUCCCCGCUGUCAAUUCCCGUGUGUACUACUUUCCUCAAGGCCACCUGGAACACUUCUCCUCGAUCAAAAAUUACAACAUUUUGCUCAAAACCCCUUUGGUUUCCUGCCAAGUCCUCGACGUGUCCUUCCUAUCCGACCCUUCUUCUGACCAACCAUUCGCCAAAAUCCGUCUCCUUCCCCUCCAGUCACGUGAGCUGCACAUCAUAACGGAGAAUGCAGAGAAAAGGGAUAUGGAUGAGAGCGACGUCGUUUCGUUUGCUAAGAUUCUGACGCCUUCAGAUGCAAAUAACGGCGGGGGAUUCUCCGUUCCGAGAUUCUGCGCCGACUUGAUUUUCCCCCGGCUCGAUUUCUCGGCUGACCCGCCGGUUCAGACUCUUAUUAUCAAUGACAGUCAGAAUAAUGCAUGGGAGUUUCGGCACAUUUAUCGAGGCACACCGCGCCGCCAUUUGCUCACCACCGGCUGGAGCCGGUUCGUGAACAGCAAGCGGCUCGUUUCUGGAGAUUCAGUGGUUUUUAUGAGGAAAAAAUCGACUGGCGAAUUGUUUGUCGGGAUUAGGCGUGCGGUUCGGGGGAUUGCUAGCACUUGGAAUUGUCCAGUUGCUGUGGAAAACUCGACAGUGAAAAGUGAGUACUGCAAUAAUGGUAAUGGUGGUGAUGGGAAGGAGAGAGAGGUAAUAGAGGCAAUUGAGACGGCAGAGAAGGGGAGGGCGUUUGAGGUGCUCUAUUAUCCGAGAACGGGGGUUCCAGAUUUUGUAGUGAGCGCGGAGAAAGUCGAGGAUUCGCUUAGGUUCUGCUGGAGCGCAGGAAUGCGCGUUAAGAUGGCUGUGGAGACGGAAGAUUCCUCGCGCACCUCUUGGUUCCAGGGCACUGUUUCGUCAACGACUUCCUCCAUUGGGGUGCCGUCGGCUGCUUCUCCGUGGCGCAUGCUUGAGGUGAUGUGGGAUGAACAUGAAGUUCUGCAGAAUGCGAAGACAGUAAGCCCUUGGCAAGUUGAAUAUGUUCUGCCCGCGCCACAGAUUCAUUCAGCACUUCCUCCUCUGAAAAAAUUCAAAGUCGGGCAAUCUCCAGGGAAGCUACCUGAUGGAGAGGGAGAGCUCUUCAUCCCUACUACAGAGUCAACCGACUUGAUGAUUGGACAUUUGAACUCAUCAAUGUUCAAUUAUAAUUCAUUUCCUGCUGGCAUGCAGGGAGCCAGGCUAGAUCAGUUUUGUGUAUCCACUCCAUCCAACUCCCACAGUGAUUAUUCCCAUCCAAUAAUCUCUAAUUUCAUGAAGAAUGGAACACAACCAGAGCUGAAAAUCUCCACAGAACUAAAUAUCGGGAGUUCACGUGUGGACAAUUUAUCACCUGAUAGUCAGAGCAGUGUGCACUUUUCUUGCACUGAGUUAGUUGGAAAACGGGGAUCUGUUUCUUCAAUCCAGUUGUUUGGAAAGAUCAUUUGUAUAGCAGAGCCCAUCGAAGCUUGUUCUGACAACAAUGUUAGUUUAGCAGAGGGUGAAAGAAAUGCCGUGUACAGUGAGAGUGAUGCUGUGAUUGACAUGCAAGAUCCUUCCUCUACACACACUUGUGCAGAACUUUUCCUUCAUUCUUAACGAGGCUCAGCUAUUGCAGCAUGUUCUAUAUGAAUUAGUUGUUUUUUGCUGACAGUUCAACGGUGUACAGGUACUUGAAGGUUCAGGCUGGAGAAAGCUGACUCAGAAUCUGACUUUUUGAAGCAGCAAUUUUAGUUAAGCUUUUCUUUUCUAACUGAAACUUACGGUUACUUUUAGCUAUUGUGGAAUGUAGGUUUGGUCACAAUGUUAUGCUUUUGUUGAGACCUAUUUGUGGUUUUAGAUUUUAUGAUAUCUUCAGUUCUUAUUAGUCUCUCGAUUUGAUUUGUGCCAUUUAAUGACUUAUUUUUAUUUGUAAUAGGGAAUUUUUGCUAUUCUAAGCUUAUUUUCAUGCUAGAAUUUAGCUUAACUUGGAUAUUUGAAUGUGUAGUCUGGACUACA